AAAAGAGAGAGAGAGAAAGGAGAGAAUCCAGCGUUCUGGUUCUGACAUUUCUUCCAUUAGAGAAGAAUAAAGGAUUUCCUUCCUAUUUGUUUCUAGCGGCGACAAUUCUUAAAGAGUGUAUAUUUAGCCAUGGUAGAAGAUAGAAAAUUGCUUCUUGAAGCUCUCUCUGUUGAAGAAUGGCUUUCACGUGUCCAUGAGCUUGUAACGGUUGCCAUUAACAAGGCUGCUGAGGUUAAAGGAUUCCAUGGGAGGUGGAGAAUGAUAAUCUCGCGAUUGGAACAGAUCCCAUCGCGAUUAUCCGAUUUAUCAACACAUCCUUUCUUUUCAAAGAACCCACUUUGCAAAGAGCUUUUGCAGACAGUUUUCAAUUCUCUAAACGAAGCUACUGAAUUGGUUGAUUUGUGUUUAAUGGGUAAGUUCCAAGGAAAGCUGAGGAUGCAGAGCGAUCUUGAUUCUUUAACUGCCAAACUCGAUUUGAAUUUGCAAGAUUGCGAUCUCUUGAUCAGAACUGGAGUUCUCAGCUCUGUUUCUGUAGAACAGGGGUCAGUUAAUUCAACCCAUAUUGAGGAUUUGCUUGCUCGAAUUCAAAUGGGUAAUUUGGAAUCGAAACACAAGGCUCUCGACGGUCUUGUUGAGGUUUUGAAGGAGGAUGAGAAGAAAGUUUUCUGUAUUCUUAAUCGGAAUCAUAUGUCGGCUUUGAUCAAUUUGCUUACUACGAAUUCGACCCGAAUCAGAGAAAAGGCGGUUACUUUCGUGUGCGCGAUUGUCGAAUCGGGCAAUUGCGAAAACUGGCUUAUUUCGGAAGGUGUUAUGCCACCCCUGAUUCGACUUGUCGAAUCAGGAACCUUAAUUGGUAAAGAAAAGGCGACAAUCUCGAUUCAGAGAUUGUCUACGUCGGAAUCAACUGCCCGAUCGAUUGUAGGCCACAAUGGGAUCGGACCGUUGAUUACGAUCUGCCAAGGCGAGGACUCUGUUAUGCAGACGGCUGCUGUUUGUUCUUUGAAGAAUAUAGCGAUGGUUCCCGACGUUCGACAAAUUUUAGCCGAUGAAGGAGUAGUUAAGGUUAUGAUUAAUCUAAUGGAUCGAAAUUCAACUUCGAAAGAAUACGCGGCGGAGUGUUUGCAAAAUUUAACCUCGGGAAACGACGAACUUCGUAGGUUGGUUAUUUCGGAAGAUGGGAUUCACACUUUAUUAGAAUAUAUAGACAAUAAUCCGUUUCCACAAGAACCGGCUGUUGCGGUAUUGAAGAAUUUGGUCAAUUUAGUUCCUAAUCAUGUAUUGAUCUCGGUUGGUCUUGUUGACCGGUUAGCUCGCGUUUUAAGGUUUGGUUCGGUUGGUGCUCAACAAGAGGCAGCAUUAGUCAUUUGUCGGAUUUGUGGUUCGAAUGAGAUGAAGAGAUUAGUGGGUGAAGGCGGUUGCAUAUCGUUGCUUGUUAAGAUGCUUGAGGUGGGUAAACCGAAUGGUGGUUAUAGAGAAGUCGCGGCUCAAGCGAUUGCUAGUUUGAUGACGGUUCGUUAUAAUUGUAAAGAAGUUAAGAAGGAUGAGAAAAGCAUACCGAAUUUGGUACAAUUGUUGGAACCGUCGCCUCAAAAUAUGGCGAAAAAGUAUUCGGUGACGUGUCUUGUUUGUUUAUCGUCGAGCAAGAAAUGCAAGAAGUUGAUGAUAUCGCAUGGGGCAAUCGGGUAUUUGAAAAAACUAUCGGAAAUGGAAAUUCCGGGUGCUAAGAAAUUGCUUGAUAGAUUGGAGAAGGGAAAGAUAAGUAGUUUGUUUAGGAGAAAAUAGAUGGUAAAAAUACAAUUGAAAUUUUCUCAUUUCUUGUAAUAUAUACUUUGUGAAGCCUUUCCAUGACAAUUGUAUAUAUAUAUAUAUAGUAUUUGUAAAAAUCCCUGAAUUUUGUCAUUAAUCUCUA